ACUCACCAAAAGAUGUUGACCGGGAAUAAAAACAAGAAACCGCGUAAUAUUCAACCGGCAUAAGUUAUUUUGUGUAGUUUGUGUGUAAUUAAUUCUGUGAAACUUAUAUAGAAUGUGGAGCAUAUUGUGCAGGCCUUUGGAAGGCUUAACCCUAGCCACAACCCUCGUAGUGCUGACCGGCAUCAUCACCCUGCUUGGAUUGGCCGCGGCAAAAGAUGUGGACCAAGUUCCAAAACUUGAUCUGACGAAAAUAAUGAAUGAUAAAGUUUAUUCUAAGGUGUUCGUUCGCAGGCGCGAGGAGCAUAAGCUGCUGGUGAACCAUCUGCGGUCGAUCGACGAUUAUGCGAAACGCUACAAGCUCAUGAAGCUGGGCCUGGAUGAAAUCAUACGGGUAAUUCGCGAAGAAGGAGGCAAGCUUCGAGGUAAUCAGAUUACGGCAAAAUCUGAGUUUCCGAAGGACCAGGAAUUGAUCACCGCGUUGGCGCAGUUUCUUGAAAACACGUGCCUAUUCGGAGAGAUUGUGCUGCACUUUCCGGACAUGUCCUAUCGUAUUCUGAAGAACGUCACGGAUUGGCGUGAGCUAAUGACCCAAGCGCUUGACUAUACGAAAGCAUUCAAUCAUAUUCUGGACGACAAAUCGAUCGAACUGCUCGGCCUGUUGAAUCAAGAAAUCAACGUAGACCAACGGACGGAUGAGUACGUGAAUCCGUACCGGGAGGUAGAGACGGUCGCGACCGAACCACCGAAGAAGAAAAAGAAAGAUAAAGCGAAACUAAAGAAAGGGCCUUCACUGACACCCUCGAGGAACGAAUUGUGAGACGCGCAACGCAUUGCCUUGACUGUAAAAAGUUGUUCCUUUGUUAUUAAAUAUACUUAAGCGAAA